ACUUAACCUACCUUGACGUAGCUUCCCGCCUGGCUCACGUUUGAUGUUCUCUUCAAUGUUCAUAACGUUUUAAUACAUUUUAUUAUCCCAAUUCUAUGUUCUUGAUAUAAAAUUGUCUAAACGAAAUUGUAAACUAAUAAUGGAAAGCCCACUUGAAUUGCUGCAAUCUGUAAUUACUUCGAAAAAUCAGAACACUCUUCCCGGCAUUGUUAACUUCUGUUCUGAAACAAAAUUAUUUUGCACUGAUACAAAGGAAGUAUCAAGUUAUGUGAAUUUUAUCAAUUCUUUACUAGCCAAAGCAGAAACAACUCCAGUGGCCUUAACUAUAUUGCAGUCUUUUAUACCACAGUGUCCAAGAGAUGUUUUGAAUAGUAACAUAGUGUCUUGGAUCCAACAUAGCAUCAGAACACUGGUUACAGAUGGUUCUCUGUCAAUCACAUCAUUUGAGUUACUUGGUGAGUUAAUAAGGUUGUCGAAAGAUUUUCCCGAGGCGAGAAAGGAAACAGCUUUGUCUAUAAUACCUAAAUGUUUGGACCACUUUAUUAGGGAGGCUAAAAGUCAGAAACAGGAUGUUUCUGUUGUUCUUCAAUGCCUCCUACAAACUUUAGGAACUUAUGGGAAAUCAUCUGGUGCGCAUAAGGAUGAAAUAACUUCAUUAGUUUUUCUUUUCUUGGAAUCUUCACCCCAGAAUGUCUAUACCUGCGCCAAAUGCUAUCUCACCCUAGCGGCGUGCGGGAGCCCGGGGCAGAAUAAUGAAAACUACGCUUCAAACUGGUUUCUCCAAGAAAAGUUUCUUAUUAAUACGCUUCAUUGUUUAAUGGACUCCCUGUUUGAAAAUAUAGAUCUGCAUCAGGUAGGUUUUUCACCAGUUUCGCAACAUGCGGCCGAUUAUUGUCGUGUAAUAAAAUCACUUUAUGGUGUCUCUGUUCGUAUAGCGGUCAUUUUUCCUUUCGGGCUCAGCUCAUACACAUCAAUUAUAGUCCAUAGCAAUCCUUCGGGAUCAUUUUCAGCUGCUAAGAAAAUACAUCCAGAAUCUAUACUGAACCUAAUUUGGAGAGGACUCUCUACGAAUUGCAUAACCCUGAAGAACGCAAACAUGUCCGCUGACAUUUCCACUUUGCUAACAGUUAUCUCUAGGAUCAAUCUGUCUUGCAUUAAACUGUUGAAUGCUCUAAUAACUACUUGCAAAAUGAAUUUGAUUUCUUAUUCUCCUUUCAUUUGUCGCAUCCUGACGCAAACUCUUAACUGGAUAAAUGUAGAAAACUGGCCUUAUGGAAUUGGAAAACCUCACAAGUCACUCAGAGUGGAAGUUUACACCUGCACUGCCAACUGGCUUGCAGUCAGCCAUGCUUGCUCAGGAAUCAAUAAGCAUAUCGAUGAUAUUUUAUCUUCUAUCCUUUCUGACAUCAAUAUAGAACCACCUGCACUAACCCUUAAGGUACCGACUGGUAAAGGAAAAGCAAAAAAACACAGACAUAAAAAGGCAGUACCAAUUACUUUGGAUCAUAUAGUUUACAAAGAAGAAGAUAAAGAUAUAUGUAAAUCAGCAUUAGACCUCAUCCCAGCUAUUUUGUCGUCGACAUCGACUGUUAUGAAACCUGAACAUCAUAAACUUCUUCAAGAUGUCAUUGUGAGCAAAUUGCUACGUAUUCAACACUCAAGACCUUCAGAUACCCCGAUACCUUAUUCAGAUGAAAGCUGUCGUCUAAGUUUGUACAAAGCUCUUCUGGCGCUUUGUGACUAUUACCAUCCCUCUUUUCCUCCUCCCAACAACUUCGCUGCUACCAUAUUUUCAAAAGGAAUGAAGGAUUCUUCAAUCGAGGUUUUGACGUUCUGUGUACAUGCUCUCAAUAGUGUAGGGAAAAUACUGAAACCGCCUUUCACAUCAUUGGAAUACCAAACUAUCGAAGAAGGCAUGAAUUAUUUUAACAAGGAAAAGCAUCGUAGAGAUAGCAGAAAAUCUCUUAACAAUGCAAGCAAUAGAAGUUUCCUCGAUUCGACUCCCAAAUCUAAUGACAUUUUAAAUUCAACUCAAAGUGAGUCUGUUAGUGAAACAUUUCUUCAAGAUUUUGACAAAUCUAUUUUCCGUCUAGAUAAUGAAAUGAUCGAAAAACAAGUCGAUAUUGAUAAAGAAGAUAAAGUUAAUAAACAUACUGAGAUAAUGGCUGCUUCGGAAUCCUUCAGUCACAGCAAUGACUCCGAAUCUAGCAGGCCAACUGUAAUUGUAGGUUCUGAACAGAAUGUUAGUACAGCAAACUCUGAUUCUCAUUCUGACAAUGAAGUCGAAACAAACAAACUGGAAGUUGUUGUUAAUGAAGUCGAAACAAAUGGAAAGGAAGUUGUUGAACAGAGUGAAACGUCUGAAACAGUGAAGAAGCGAAAUUUAGAAGAGAUAGAGAAUCCCCUUUCUAAAAAAACUAAAAUUAACGGUGUAAGCGAAGAGCAUUUCUUAACUGUCGAAGACAGUGACGAUGAAAUGUUGAGUUCAUUUGUUGAUGAAGUCGAUGAAUAACUCCUUUGAAAGAUUUUUACUGUUACAGUAAAUUUUUUAAAACUGUUUUUAAUGUAAAAUUUUAUUUUUAAAAAAGAAAGUUGAUAAUAUAAUGUUAAAUAGUAUUCUCUUGUAUUUAUGAUAUCCUUGAACCAUUUUGAAAUUAUAACACCAUAUGUAUUAGUCUUUAGAACCUUAUUUGGUAAAUUGAAUAUCUUUUUGAUUGUUGUACAAUUCAAAUCCAUUGAAAUUUUACCAGUUUUAUUCAACUUGUGAUUUAUUCUGAGCAAUCAAAUUGCUUGAAAAUUAUCACUUUACAGUAGGAACAAAAACUGUAUUAACAUCUCAAAAUCGGCCAAGUUUUGGUGUACUUUUAAUGAUUCAAGGAAAAUACCUAAAUCCAAACAUGUGUUUAAUGUUAUAAUGUUAUAAUGUUUUUCAGUUUCUUCACUGAUGAAAUACAAGGUCUUACAUGUGAAUUGGUGUGCAGUUUCAUGUUUGUAAUGACCUCAAAACAUGAAUUAUCAGGACUAGUUUAAUAUUGAUGUUACUUAAAAUUCUAUAAAUAAAUUUCGGAAAUAGUAUUUUUAAAAUCUGUAUGCUGGAGGUAAAGGACAACAUGUCACAUUUUUGUAUUUGUUCAAGCGAGUCAAUUUUCCAUUACUUUGAGCUACUAAAAUUUGUUUCUUAGUUACUAAAUUAUCUAAUGAAAAAUGGACACGGAGUCCUUUGCCUCUGCCUCAUAGAAAUGUAGAAGAUGUUAUUGGUGUUUAUUAAAUUGUUCAAAAAAAAAAAUUGUGGAUAAGAUGAGAAUAAAAUCUUUGCUGUAAAUUACGUAUUUUUGUUUAAUUUAUUUGUCAUAAUUCAAUAAUAAAAAAAAAGUUUACAUAAAAUUAUGUAGAUAAAUAUAAAGAAUAUAUGAACAUUUUUUUAUUAAUAGUUUUUCAAAACAUUUAACAAUUCAUAACUAGAUACAAUUUUGUAUGUUGAAGAAAAUUGGCAAAAAAUAUUAUUUUUCUUAAAUUUUUUUUACAAAUUUCCAUAGAAGGGAAUACCUCACAUUAGAUAAUGAACUUCUAGUACAUUUGAAAAAAAAAAAAAUAUAUAUAUAUAUAUAUAUUAUUUCAAAGUUGGGUGAUUAUUUUUUAUCAAAUUUAGUGAUGCUGUAAUAGGCAAUAAUCUGAGUUUUCAAUAAUCUAAACUCUUUUUUUGAUUAUUUUUAAUCUUUAAAAAACCUAUAUAAAUUAUAUAAAGAUUUUAAUAGUUUUUUUAUUUCUAAAUGUUUGUAAGUGUAAUAUAUCUUCAUUUUGCAUUUUUAAGAAAAGAAAAAAAAUAUUAAAUAAUGUCUGAAAUCUUUAAGUAUGUGUAUACACAUCGUAAUUGUGUAGCUAACAUUAUUACCAUAACCCGAAGGAGCCUAGGUUCCAUCCAGCUCACAUUACUGAGACCUCUACAAUUCACUAAAUCCAAUGACAUAAUGUAUUGUUUUGUUUUUUUCGCAUUGAAUAUUUAUAAAGAAAAUAUUUGUUUACAAUAUUUUAAUUAAUACUGGUCAGUAGCUGUUAACACGUUGACUACCAUGGUAUUUUUUAAGAUUUCUGUCAAUUUAAAAAGCUGAUUUAAUUUAAUCAUAUCAUGUAUGGUAAUUGUAAACUUCCUCUGCUACAGUCCGCCAUGCUCAAAAAAAAAAUUAAGAUUCCAAAAUAGUUGUGUCUUGUUCAAGUUUGUUCAUAAUUAGAAGUUUUAAACAAAUAAAAGUUUAAUAUAGGCUUCCAACUUCAAAUUACAUUUUUAUAUUUAUAUAUAUAUAUAUAUAUAUAUAUAUAUAUAUAUAUAUAUAUAUAUACUAUUAAAUAUGUUUUUAAAAAAUACAGCUUUUUACUGCUAUUUUUUUUGUAUAAUUCACAUUUUUCCUAAUAUUAAUAAGAAUAUAUUGUAAUUUGGCAUCCCAACCAUUGAGGAAAAAAAAAAUGAUGGCUGUUUAAAACAUACCAAUCAAAACCAGUACUCGUGAAUAACUGUAUAAUUUUUUCAAAGUCCUAAACGUGUCAGAUGAAAGGAAGUUUGCUGUACAUUCUAAUCAUCAAAAAGUUUAAAUAAAGAAUGUCCUUUUAAGAAAAAAAAAUAGCAGUGGAAAAUUAUCUUGUAAUUGGCUUAUAUACCAUAAAACUCUUAACAAAAUCCAACUAUGAGUUAAUAAAUGUAGAUAUGAGAUACAUUGUUGUUGGUUUCCUAGGCAAUAAAUGAAACUACAAAUAAUCUCUUAGUUGGCAGUCAACAUGUUAACAACUCAUAGCUUUUCUAACCAAAUGGGUUUUUAAGUAAGCUGGAUCCGAGUCCGCCAGAGGUAGGGUUUUUAUUACUGUUUUUAGGAGGUUCUUGGUACAGCCCUCCAAGGCCUAGAUUUGGGGUCUUAUUAUUGUUAUUUUUAGCAGGUUCUUUGUAUAACCCACCAAGGAGACCACCAGUACCUUUAGGUAUCGAACCUGUAAGAGUAGAUCCUAUUCCAGUGACUGUUUUAGACAGACCAUCAGUCACGCCAGUAGUUGCUUUUAAAAGACCAGUGCCUGCAGAACCGAGAGUAUUAGUAACAAUUUCGCUGGCUCCAUUGAGUGCGCAUUCAGUCGACUUCAACAUGUCAGCAUCUCCAGUCCACAGUCCCAUGUUACACUUUCGGAAUCCCUUUUUCAAUUUUGGAUUAUCCUUAAUGAUCAUGUAACUGCCUUCCUCAGUAUUGAAUGGAGACCAGUCGUUAGCUCCAUCAAUUCUUGGUUUCCUAAUCAUUAAAGAUAAAAUUAUUAUUUAGUAGAUACAUGGAAAAUAAAAUAUAUCUAUCCCUGAUUAUAUGGAAUAUCUAUUACAUGAUUUUUUUUUUUUUUUAUUGGAUCUAAAAUAUGUACAUGAAAAGUAUUAACUUUAAAAAAAAAAAACCUUUGACAAUCUUGACAAUUUUAUUUAUGUUAUAAUGAAUAAAAUAAAUUCAUUUUGUGCUACCCUGUAUCCCUGAUGAAGGAAUGCAACAUGAGCCGAAACUACAGCAUUCAAUAUACACCAACAGGCAAAAAAUUCCACCCACUUGAUUUUUUCAUGUUUUCAUCUAAAAAUAUUUCUGCUUUGGAUUGGUCUAUUGUUUUUAAUGAAUAAAUAGGUAAUCUUUUUGUUUGUUUUCAAUUAGGAAUGUUAAUAUAGAGGACUAUAACCCUUAAUCCUUAAUUCAAUGAAAUGAUUCUAGAUUCCAAUGUUUACUUUCUAUGGAAUCAAAAUGUUUAUUCAGUAUCAUUAGUUCAGUGCCGUUUCUUGCAGCACAUUUCUUGGUCUCCGGCUUUUAAUUUUUUCAAUAUUAAGUUUAGAAAUGCCUCUUAGUGCUGAGGAUGUUGCGCGUGGUGUGGCACUUAUUGAUGAUGGACGUUCCAUUAGAUAUGCAGCUAAUGCCAUCGGAGUUCCUUAUGAAACUUUACGAGACGCCGUCCGGCGUUUUCGGGAAACUGGUUCUUACAAUAGAAGGCCCGGUUCUGGACGGCCUAGGGUAACAGAAUCACAGGAUGACCAGUUUUUGACUUUGAGAAUUUUACGAAACCGGCAGCUUACAGUUGUUCAAGCGAUUCAUCAGCUCGAAGAAGUUCUAGGUGUGUUUUCUGAACGUUUCAAAUUUCUGAACGUACCGCUCGGAGAAGAUUAAAUGAGUAUGGAUUAAUGGCUUUUCAUCCAGUAAGAGGACCAGAGUUGACCAGAACUCACAGAGUAACACGAGUAGCUUUUGCUCAAGACUAUGGACGAAUGGAGUGUACUUUUUACAGAUGAGUCAAGAUUCGCUCUUCGAUCUCCAGACGGGCGUGAAAGGGUGUGGAGAAGAAGAAACGAAAGAUAUGCAGCCUGUAAUUUUUCCCAGAGCCAACUUUUCCAACGUGGUUCCUUAAUGGGUAACAAGUGGGUGGAAUUUUUUGCCUGUCAGUGUAUAUUUUAGAAUAUUUGUUUAUACUAUUCUUAAUUGCCACUCAUGCCAUCGACUCCUUGAUUAUCAAUGUGGUAUAUUAUAAAAAAACAAAUUCUUCAUUAUUUAUAUCAAUCAUGAAACCGCACUUACAUUAAUUUUAUAGUUAUGUACUGUUAUGUUAAAAGAAAACUUACCCAGUUUUAACAAAUUCAGCCACAACAGUUACGAAGUGAUCUCUGACCUUUUGGUCAGUUUCACUUAAAAUGUUAUCAACAUUAUUUAAUGGCUCCCCAUCGAUGUUUCUCACUUCAAAAAGGAAGGCUAAAUCAUCACCAUGAGAUGGACCUUAAAUAAAAAAAUAUAUUAACGACAUAUUAUUUGAACUAAAAUAAUUAUGAAAUAAAUAAUGCUGGUAGAUAUAUUAUGAUCUUCAUCUGGUAAAUUUGUCAAAAUCUUGACUGUUGCCCAAAAGAUGUAACUGAACAGGACACUUUAUCCUGUUUCUCAAUUCAAAAUGGAAUUUAAAAAUUUACUUUAUAGAUCUUAAGUCUUGAUAUCAUUGAUGACACUUUAUCAUUUACAAAAAUAUACAUGAAUGUAUGUCUUACUGUCAUAAUUAUUUAAACAAAAACUUUUUUUCCUUACUAAUCUAUAACUAAGUAAUUAUCAUAAAAAAACAUUUGCAAUCAAACAUCACAAUGAAAUUAUGUUUGUAAAUCUAGGAAUGCAUUAAGUUUACAGUAAUAACUAAAUAACGGAAAUUCAUCUUAAGUUUCAAGUUAGUGUACAUAGUUAUCAACUGAAUAAAGCAAUAUUUGAAAAUGUACUGUUAAAACAGGCCAAAAGUACAGUAAACAGUUCAUCCUACUAAUUUAGCACUUAUGCAGAAUGUUUGUUGAAAAAUAACAACUAUAACAAGCUCAGCAGCAAGUCGUUUUGAAGGUUCCAAUAAUUUGAUUAGAUGAAAUUUUAAAAGAAGGAAAUCUGUUUUUAUAAAUUUCAUUUGUCAUUCUUAAUAAUUCGGACACCUUCUUAAGAUGGAUCCCUGAAAGAACCGCCAAGACCUAUUAGACCUGUGUAAGGUGUAGUUGUCCAAGAGAAAAAUUCUGCAUCUCCUGAGAAGACAGUGUCUUAGAAGUAUUCUGGAAUAGACACGUAGAUUGGAACAGGUAUAGAGUGUUGUCCCAAGAUUGGGACUUGUGGUCCAGUCCAUGCAAACUUUAAUCUUACACUGUGUAGCGUUGAGUAGAAAAAGAAUAUGAUGAUCAUUAUUCUUAAUAAUAAUAAAAAUUAAUAUUGUUUAAAAUGAAUCAACAUUGAAUAUGAAUAACACAUUGCCAAUUUCGUGAACUAUUUUUGUACUUCAUUAUUUAAAAAGAUAAAAUUAAAAUUAUAUGAAAGAAAUGCUAAAUAUUAAAUAAUGCUAAGAGUUUUAUAUGAAAUUUUUGUAUACCUUUAUUGUUGCCCUCUUGUGAAGAUAUAUUUGAAACUAAAGUAAUUCCAUUUAAGAAAUAAUCUGCAAUGGAUUUAGCUGGAGUGUGUUCGAAACUGUAGAGAUACACGUUUUUAUUUUUUUGAGCCCAGAAGUUGGAUAAAAUAAAUGCUGGCAAAUUGAAAAGUGCAUCAGUUGUGUGCU